CCCACGUACCAAGAUGGCGGCAGAGGCGGCUGGUGGGAAAUACAGAAGCACAGUCAGCAAAAGCAAAGACCCCUCGGGGCUGCUCAUCUCUGUGAUCAGGACUCUGUCUACCAGUGAUGAUGUUGAAGAUCGAGAAAAUGAGAAGGGGCGCCUUGAAGAAGCUUAUGAGAAAUGUGACCGUGACCUGGAUGAACUGAUUGUGCAGCACUAUACAGAAUUGACGACAGCCAUUCGCACGUACCAGAGCAUCACAGAGCGCAUCACUAACUCUCGAAAUAAAAUAAAGCAGGUUAAAGAGAAUCUGCUUUCAUGCAAGAUGCUGUUGCACUGCAAGCGGGAUGAGCUUCGGAAACUGUGGAUUGAAGGAAUUGAACAUAAGCAUGUUCUGAACCUGCUGGAUGAAAUUGAGAAUAUCAAGCAAGUGCCUCAAAAGCUGGAACAGUGCAUGGCCAGCAAGCACUAUCUCAGUGCCACUGACAUGCUGGUGUCAGCAGUCGAGUCUUUGGAGGGCCCCCUGCUCCAGGUGGAAGGACUGAGUGACCUUAGGUUGGAGCUUCACAGCAAGAAGAUGAACCUCCACUUGGUUCUCAUAGAUGAACUGCACCGGCACCUGUAUAUCAAAUCCACCAGCCGAGUUGUGCAGUGUAACAAGGAAAAAGGGAAAAUGAGCUCCCUUGUGAAAGAUGCUUCUCCUGUUCCUCUGAUUGAUGUUACAAACCUUCCUACUCCUCGAAAAUUCCUUGAUACCUCUCAGUAUUCUAUUACUGGAAGCUCAAGUGCAAGGGAGAUAAACCUGCAGGACAUCAAGGAGGAUUUGGAAUUAGAUCCAGAGGAGAACAGCACCCUUUUUAUGGGUAUCCUUAUCAAGGGACUGUCCAAACUGAAGAAGAUCCCAGAGACAGUGAAAGCUAUCAAAGAGCGCUUAGAGCAGGAACUAAAGCAAAUUGUGAAGAGGUCUACAACCCAGGUGGCAGACAGUGGCUAUCAGAGGGGAGAGACUCUAACUGUGGAGAACCAACCAAGGUUACUCCUAGAACUGCUGGAGCUACUAUUUGACAAGUUUAAUGCUGUAGCUACUGCACACUCUAUGGUCCUGGGAUACCUGCAGGACACUGUUGUGGCCCCACUGACUCAGCAGGAAGAUGUCAAAUUGUACGAUAUGGCGGAUGUGUGGGUGAAGAUCCAAGAUGUUCUGCAGAUGCUAUUGACUGAGUACUUGGAUAUGAAAAAUACUCGUACGGCCUCUGAACCAUCAGCUCAACUAAGCUAUGCCAGUACUGGACGAGAGUUUGCAGCUUUUUUUGCCAAGAAGAAACCUCAAAGGCCAAAAAGUUCUCUUUUCAAGUUCGAAUCAUCCUCCCAUGCCAUCAGCAUGAGCGCCUAUUUGCGAGAACAGAGAAGGGAGCUUUAUAGCAGGAGCGGAGAACUUCAAGGGGGUCCUGAUGAUAAUUUAAUUGAAGGUGGAGGAACAAAAUUUGUCUGCAAACCUGGAGCCAGAAAUAUUACUGUCAUAUUCCAUCCAUUACUAAGAUUUAUUCAGGAGAUUGAGCAUGCUCUGGGACUUGGCCCAGCCAAACAGUGUCCUCUUCGAGAGUUUCUUACUGUGUACAUCAAAAACAUCUUCCUUAAUCAGGUCUUGGCUGAGAUCAACAAGGAGAUUGAAGGAGUCACCAAAACAUCUGACCCCUUGAAGAUCCUCGCUAAUGCAGACACUAUGAAGGUGCUGGGGGUACAGCGGCCUCUCCUACAGAGCACGAUCAUUGUGGAGAAGACAGUGCAAGACCUCAUGAACCUGAUGCAUGACCUGAGUGCAUAUUCAGAUCAGUUCCUCAACAUGGUGUGUGUGAAGCUUCAGGAGUACAAGGACACCUGCACUGCAGCCUACAGGGGCAUUGUCCAGUCAGAAGAAAAACUUGUCAUCAGUGCAUCUUGGGCAAAAGAUGAUGAUAUCAGCAGACUCUUGAAAUCUCUACCUAACUGGAUUAAUAUGGCCCAACCCAAACAGCUGAGGCCAAAGAGAGAAGAGGAGGAAGAUUUCAUAAGGGCAGCCUUUGGCAAGGAGUCUGAAGUUCUUAUUGGGAACCUGGGUGACAAAUUAAUCCCUCCACAAGACAUCCUUCGUGAUGUCAGUGACCUCAAAGCUUUGGCCAACAUGCAUGAAAGCCUGGAAUGGUUGGCAGGCCGAACAAAGUCAGCUUUCUCCAGUCUUUCUACAUCUCAGAUGCUUUCUCCUGCUCAAGAUAGCCACAUGAACAUGGAUCUUCCCCCAGUGUCAGAGCAGAUCAUGCAGACUCUGAGUGAACUUGCCAAAUCGUUCCAGGACAUGGCUGACCGCUGCUUGCUGGUCUUACAUCUGGAAGUGAGGGUUCACUGCUUCCACUAUCUCAUUCCUCUUGCAAAGGAGGGGAACUAUGCCAUUGUUGCUAAUGUGGAAAGUAUGGACUAUGACCCUCUGGUGGUCAAGCUCAACAAAGAUAUCAGCGCCAUUGAAGAGGCCAUGAGCGCCAGCCUUCAGCAGCACAAGUUCCAGUAUAUCUUUGAAGGCCUGGGCCACCUCAUCUCCUGCAUCCUCGUUAACAGUGCCCAGUACUUCAGGCGCAUCAGUGAGUCCGGCAUCAAGAAAAUGUGUAGGAACAUUUUUGUUCUUCAGCAGAAUUUGACCAACAUCACCAUGUCGCGGGAGGCAGACCUGGACUUUGCAAGGCAGUACUACGAGAUGUUGUACAACACGGCCGAUGAGCUCCUGAACCUGGUGGUGGACCAGGGCGUGAAGUACACGGAGCUGGAGUACAUCCACGCCCUGACCCUGCUGCACCGCAGCCAGACUGGGGUGGGAGACCAGACCACCCAGAACAUGAGGCUGCAGCGGCUCAAGGAGAUCAUCUGCGAGCAGGCCGCCAUCAAACAAGCCACCAAGGACAAGAAAAUAACUACCGUGUAAUGGGUGUGCUGCGGUGGGGGAGGGGGCGGGGGGUGUUGUUUUCUCGGUCAUAUUUGCCUCUUUCUUUGGUGUAUUCUGAGCUGACUUGGUUUUCUCUACACUGAUGCUUUAGUGGAGAGAAGGUAUAAGAAGUUUUUCUCUUGAGUUUUGGCUUUUCACAUGAACGCUAGAGGAAGUUUGCAGUGCAUGCAUGUUUUAAUUUAACAACUGCUUCAAUGCAGUCAAGUCUAAAGACUAGGGUGGGACAGGGAGGAAGGCUGUGUCAAACUGUCGGAUUCUGAAAAAUGAAUGAAUGAAUUACUAACUAAUGUUUUGUUUAUUGCCCAACACUUAUAAAUUCCAGUCUUGGAAAGCAGACUGUGACCCAAGUGUUAGUUCCUUCCUAAAGCCACUAACUAGGUUCUAUUACAUGAACAGAAGGAUUUUUACUCUUAACCUUGUCGGCUUACAACUCAGUGAAAUAAGUGUAUGUGCAUUGCUUUCUGUCUCUAUUGCCAAAAUCAAAUAAAUGGUUUCUCAGCUGGCUGUUGUUUACAACCAUUUUCCCUAACCAGAACAGGACCUCUUCAGGACUAGGGGGAAAAAGUCCUUUUAUCCUAAUCCCUGGGAGAGUUUUGUAUGCUGAAGCUUAUACAUAGGUUAUAGGCUGGCUUGUUGCCUUCUUGUUUUAUUUCUGCUAUAUCAAAACCAAGAGCCAUAACAUUAGUGACCUAAGUGGAAGAAUGAAAGGUGAUUCAGCCCUCUGCUUGAUUUUCCCCCUCUAAUUUCCAAGAGAAAAUAAUGGUUAGAGAAUUUAACAUCUCACUUGAAAUGUUGUUUGGGGGUAAAUGAUUCUUAGGUGCCCACUUACUCUUCUAUGAGCUCCUAGGUCUUUCUCACCUGAGAAAGUGGCCCAGGUCUGCUCAGCUGAGUUCAAGGAAGGCAGGACAGCUGUGACCUUUCUCCUGUGUGGGCCACCAGCUGAGCCUGUUUCUGCAUUGCUCUCCCAUGAUGUGGUGCUCAUCCUGGCACAGUGGACCUCACCUCUGUCCCCCAUAUCCCCAAGUCCUCUUGCCACCCAUGGUUCAUAUGUCACAGAAGGCAGCAGUGCACUGACUGGGACGCAUCUUGAAAACAUGGAAAGGAGAGCAGGAAGGACUCGGACCACACGUAGUGAUGCCUCACACCCUGAUCGUCGGGAAUUUUACACCUUUUUCAUACAACUUUGGUCUUGGUGGGAAGAAAACAAAAUUAAGAAAUGUUUUG